AUGAACGGUACGGAGUACAUCAAACCUGGCGAAAAGCCAAAGACAACCCCAUCUCAUCUCGUAUUAGGAGGGUUGUCAAUCCUGCCUUCUACAAUUCCAUCUGGUCCUGCUGCUGCUAAAAACCAAAAUGGAAACAAUGUUGAUAAAUCAAAUGCCAAUGGCAAUUCAAAUACCAAUCCAUCUCCUACUAAACCUGUUGCAGUCAACACUACAACUGCAACAGCAACUACUACUACUAAGGCUCCUGCAAAUUCAACUUCUGCCUCUGUUUCCCCUGCAACCCCAAGUUUACCAACGGGUCCAGCAGCACUCUCUUCUUCUUCUUCUUCGUCUGAAAAUGCAGCCAAGCCUUCCCCAGAGUCCCCAGCAAAAGCUAACGUAUCCCAAAAUACCAGUACCAAUACUGCUACUUCCAACAACAACAACAGCAGUAACAAUAUAAACGGUGGUGAUACUCAAAGAACAAAUUCUUUAAACAUAUCACAAUUAUAUCCAAUCUGGAAAAAUGAUAUUAAUCUGACUUUAGUCCCAGCUUAUGCUCUGGUUGCUGUCCCCAAAUCACUUGAUUCUAAUGACUGGUCCAAUUAUAUCCAAGUUGGUCUUAAACAUUUCCGUGGUUGUGAAGCUUUCUUUAGAGACCCGGAAAAUUUCCAAAUGAGAGAACGUUGUGUUCUUAACCUUUAUAUUACUAAUGAUUCUGGCCAUAUCGAGGAUUAUCGUGAAUUACUUUGGUUAUUAGAUGACAUGUUUAUUACCCAUUUGGAUACUGUUAGUUCUCAGUUUAUUAACCAUGUUGAAUCACAAUUGGGUAAAACUGGUGAACGAAUUAGAAUGAAACAAGUUUUGGAAUUCCUUGAUCAAGGUGCUACAUUAGCUGCUGAAGCUACUAUUGAAACAAAAUUAAUUUCAUUUUGGCUGAAUUUUGAAACGAAAUUAAAUUCCCCCGUGGCAGUAUUAGAUUAUUUUGCUGAUUGUGAACAUUCUAAAAAAGAUGAUGUCGAUCUUUUUUUGGAUAAUAUUCUUCCAUUCCCCAUGAAAAUUGUCUUUAGAAGUUUUAAAGGAAGAUCUCACUUGCCUAGUCAAAAAGCCUUUUGUAGAGUCCUUGCUCGUGAAUAUAACAAAUAUAAGGAUAAACCAAAAGAAUAUCGUCCAAUUACUUUCCGAUUAUUAAGAAAACAAAUCAAAAUCAAUCCUGAUCCAAUCAUGCCCGCUAUGUCAUUCUCAUCCAAUUCAUACAGUUCUACCGGAACCGUCCCACCAAAUACAUAUGUUCGUCCAGCACUUGCUGCAUUACCAGCACCACAUGCCCCAUCUGGCCCCACCUCCACCUCCACCUAUUCUAAUUCCCAUCAGAAAUCGUCUGUUUCUUCUUCGUUUAGUUCCAAUCCAGUUUCAAACAUUAGACAAACCGACAGUUAUCGUACCACCACCACCACACCAACCAGACCCGCACAUCAUAGCCAACAACAACAACAACCACCAAUGUCGGGUCCAGUGGGGUUUACGACUCCUGCAAACAGAUAUUCUGAAGGCGAAAUCAUCAGUAGACCAAGUGCUCCUGCUAGACGUAUUAGUGUCGAUUCCAGGGCACCACCAAUGCGUGAUGUAAAUGAUAAUUUCGACAGUAGAGCUGGUGGAGGGAGAACAAUUGGUGGAAGACAAGAUGUUGUGGCUGCUACUACUACUACCACUUCUCAUACAACAACCACGGGGAAAGAAUAUGAUAGUUAUAAACCAGGACAUCAACAACAUUCUGAUAUUGGUGGUGGUGGUUAUAAUAAUAAUGCUAAUUCUAGACCAAGUGAUCCUAGAUCAAGAAUGGGUGAAUCUGGUCCAAGGUCUGACCAAUCCCAACAACACCAACACCAACAACAGCCUAGACGUGAUAGUGCUGCUAGUGGUGGUGGGUAUAGACAUGAAGAUAGGACUUAUGACUCGAGAUUGAAUGAGAAUAGAAAUGAAAAGUCAUAUCAUGAGAGUAGAUUAGGCGAUAAUAGAUCCUCUCAUGGUGGUCAUAAAUCGAAUGAUAAUAGAAUCCAUGAGGUCAACAGAUCCAACGAUAAUAGAUCAAAUGAUAACAGAACCAAUGAUGGUAGAUCGCACGGCGGUAAUAAAUCGAAUGAUAGCAGAGUCCAUGAAGUUACCAGAUCCAAUGACAAUAGAUCACAUGUCAACCAAUCAACUGAUAACAGAUCUCAUGACGCGAACAGAUCCAAUAUCAACAAAAGAGACUUCCAACAACAACCACCAUCCAACGAACGUAAACAACAAAGAUCAGAAGACAGAAUCAUCGACGAAAGACCACCAAAACGUCAAAACAUCGACACUUCCUCAACCGCAACACCAAGAAGAAAUUCCACCUUCAACAACACCCCACAAAAACCAAAUAACAACAAUAAUGACAAUAGAAACUCAACGUUUGUCAUCCCCAACGGAACCAAAAACCCCAAUAAUACACCCAUCACAGGCACCCUAGCUGAUCGUAUUGCCAGAGUAUCCAAAGACAAAAUCGAUCCCCCAAUUACCAACACUAGUACAACCCCAAAUAGUGGACAACCCGAUCCGUUUAAGUCCGCUCAAGACUUUAUCAAAUUCCAAUUAACAGGAGCAGGCGCAGGCAAGAAGUCCAACAACAACAACAAUAACAAUGAUUCACGUGCUGGUGAGAGUGGAGGAGGAGGACGCCAAGCGGGUGGAAAACGCGAUAACAGUGGUGGUUCUAAUCGAGGCAGUGGUGGUGGCCGUGAUGGUGGGGGGAAUAGAAGUGGAUCCUCACGUGGAGGUGGUGGAGGUGGUGGUGGUCGUGAUAGUAGAAAUGGCGGUUCUGGUGGCGGUGGUGGAAGAAAUGGUGGCGGAGGAGGUGGAAGAGGUGGAGGAAGAAGUGGUAGUGGAGGAAGAAGUGGUGGAGGUGGAAGAAGUGGCGGAGGAGGAGAUAGACGCCGUAGUGGGGGAAAAGGAGGCGAUAAUAGCCGUUCUGGAAGUAGAAGUGGAGGUGGUGGAGGUGGCGGAAAUAGAGGUGGGAUCGACCUACAUGAUCUAAUCAAGAAUGGUGGAAGAUCCAUUCCUCUGGCUCCUAGAGGUGGAGCAUCAGCGCCUUCUGGUCCAAGAAAUGAUAGAAGUACCGAUCGUUAUUUACCAAAUAAUUGA